AUGUUACGGCCGGCUACACCUCUGGCGGUUCUGCUCGCCGCGGCGUUUGGCCUGCUGUUGAUUUCGGUCUUGUCGACACCCAUUAUCAAAGCCAUUCCGCUUGGCGAGUACGUCGGCGUGACGUUUGGCGUUUUUGGGUAUUGCAUCAACAACAACGCGAGAUGCAGCCCCAUCGAGAUUGGCUAUGACGAAGGCCUGGCCGCUGCGCUGGCCGAGAAGAAUGCCAACUUCGACCUUCCGAGCCAGGCGAGACGCACGCUUUCCACCAUCCUCAUCAUCCAUCCCGUCGCCGCGCUCGUAACUCUGAUAAUGUUCGUCAUGUCGAUUGCUGCGCACUUCCAUUCGCCAUCACACUCUGCGAGAUAUCUUCUCAUUGUGUUUAUCGUUGGACUCCUAAACUUUGUCAUUUGCCUGCUUGCCUUCCUGGUCGACGUUUUGCUCUUCGUUCCCCAUAUGGCUUGGGGUUCGUAUCUGGUUCUCGCGGCCACAAUCUUGGUUGCGCUCAGUGGACUGGUUGCUUGUGCGAUGCGAAGGACGUUGGUCUCAAGGAAAGCUAGGAAAAAGCGCAUCGAAGAGAACGCGGAGAUGAGCGGCGAGAACUUUUACAACCGCCAAGCGCAGCAAGCCACGCCCCAAACGGAGAACAAACCCACUGUUCCCGUUCUUAGUGGCGCCCACGGCGAGGGUGGUGAUAAGCUGCCUAGCUUUGCUACUUACGAGAAGCGGGACGACCUGAGCAGCGAAGAUAGGGUCCCUUUGACAGCCAACAGUCCGGCCAGCCGCUCUCCCAAUGCGCAAUACAACGACCCGACCCGAAUGGAUGGGCAGUUUAACCAGCCUCGCAGGGCACCCUCGGCCAGGGAUCAAUACGGUAACCCGAUGGAAGGGCCCGCAGAUGCCUAUGGCGUGCAAAGAGCUCCAUCAGCGGAGCGCAUGAACCCUGGUGUUCGAGGUGGUUACAGAGGCCGCGGUUACGGUCCACCAGGGAGAGGAGCUUACGGGUAUGGUCCGCCUCCAGGCAGUCGAGGAGGCUAUGGGCCCCCAGGCCGCGGUGGAUAUGGGCCUGGUCCAAAUGGCAGGGGAGGAUACGGACCGCCUCCAAGAGGUGGUUAUGGCCCACCAAUAAGGGGCCGCCCGCCACCCCCUGGCUACCAAUAUGACAGGAGAGGCUCCCCCGCGGAGGCAUACGGCCCGCCACCCGGACAGGGACCAUAUGGGCAGAGGCAACAAUCUCCAGGGCCUCCUUCAGCCCCUGGCUAUGGUAUGAAUGGUUCAACACCAACGGUGUCGUCCGCCGCGUACGGCCACCAACACACACCUUCCGAUGAUCUACCGAGAGCGGAAUCGCCCCCUCCACUGCCUGGAACAGAGCCUAUGCCGCCAGUAGGGCAGGCGGUCGCGAUGGAUGCCAAGACAGGUAGUCCACAGGUACCUCAAAACGGCUUCGCACCAAUGCCACAAAACCGCUUUGGGGGUAGCCAGCAGUUUCGAGAUAGCGAUGCCGACAUACAGGGGAUGGUAGGGCUCCAGCAGGGUAUCACGCCUGCAGGUCAACAACCUCCAUUGCAGCGACAUCAGACUCUCAUGAGCGAGCAGAGCCGCUAUAGUCAGGAUGGAGCCCAAUACGUACCUGCACGUCAGAAUUGGAAUGAUCAGCGCAGCAAAACCCCGGGUGCAGAGAGUGUAGUACACCCGAGCAUGAUGCCACCGCCACUCAACGCAUCAAGGACUGACCUCUCAAUGCCGAGGAACUCGCCGGGACCCGGGGGUGCUCCAGCAAGGUCACGCACGUCGGAAUACUACGAGGACGUAGCUCCGAGGUUUGUGACCCCUGAUCCCUCAGCACGUGGGACUCCGGUACCAGGACAAGCUGGUGGGAGGAUACCACCGCCCAUAAACCUCCCGGCCGGUGCGCCAGACUUUGACGAGAUGCCGGAUGGAUCCCGGAGUCCGGCCGCCUCGGAGAGGUCAACUUUCACUAGCAUCUCCCAGCGGGGUAUCAACCCGAGGUGGAACCCACCGCCGCCGUCUAUGAUGCCUGGCUAUGGACCAGCCCCACAACGGCGACCAAACCGCAACGAUAUGCUGCUGAACAGCAACCCGGAUUUUGAGCUGCCCACUAAUAGAGGAGGCAGGGGCGGUAGCCCGCCCAGGGCACCGGGGACUUCGAUGAUCCCGGGUAGCGCUUAUCCCAACGGUCGAUUGUAG